CAACUGUAUUUGUCUGUGCUUGUGCGGAGGGAGGUACUGGCAAACUCUAAUUUUCAGAGUACACACACCCGCGACCAGGCUUUGGCACCGUCAAGACUUCAAGACUCCCCUCAACAAUGGCCUCUCGCCCGACCGUCAACGUCCGCUCGACCUCUGGAGAGGCCUCCAGCUCCCUCCCGCUGCCCGCGGUCCUCACCGCGCCAAUCCGACUUGAUGUCGUGCAGCAGGUGCACAAGAGCAUCGCUAAGAACAAGAGGCAGGCGUACGCCGUCAGCGAGAAGGCUGGCCACCAGACCAGUGCCGAGUCCUGGGGUACCGGUCGUGCUGUUGCACGUAUCCCCCGUGUCGGCGGUGGAGGUACCCACCGCUCUGGUCAGGCCGCGUUCGGUAACAUGUGCCGUGGCGGUCGCAUGUUCGCGCCCACCAAGACCUGGCGCAAGUGGCACGUCAAGGUGAACCAGGGUCAGCGCCGCUUCGCUACGGUCUCCGCUCUCGCGGCGUCUGCGCUCCCCUCCCUCGUCCUCGCCCGCGGCCACCGCAUCGAGGAGAUCGAGGAGGUCCCCCUCGUCGUCUCUUCCACCAUUGAGUCCUUCAAGAAGACCAAGGAGGCUGUUGCCCUCCUCAAGUCGCUCAAGGCGUACACCGACGUCGUCAAGGUCUCCAACUCGCGCAAGCUCCGCGCCGGCAAGGGCAAGCUGCGGAACCGUCGUCACCGCCAGCGCCGCGGCCCUCUCAUUGUCUACAACGAGGACAACGGCAUCGUCAAGGCGUUCCGUAACCUCCCUGGUGUCGAGAUCGUCAACGUCAAGAGGCUCAACCUCCUCCAGCUCGCGCCCGGUGGUCACCUUGGCCGCUUCGUUAUCUGGACCGAGAGUGCCUUCGGUCUCCUUGACGAGGUCUUCGGUACCUUCGACAAGCCUGCCGUCUACAAGAAGAACUACACGCUCCCCACCGCGAAGAUCAGCAACCCUGACGUCACCCGUCUCAUCAACAGCGACGAGAUCCAGUCCGUUGUCCGCCCCGCGGGUCCCAAGCACCAAAAGCGCCCCUGGACGCAGCACAAGAACCCCUUGGUCAACAAGGCUGCUCUCUUCCGCCUCAACCCCUACGCCAAGACCCUGCGCCGCCAGGAACUCCUCAAGCAGGAGCGCGUGAAGGCGCAGAAGGACAAGAAGAAGCCCAAGAAGCCCAAGGCUGCUGGCGAGGCGUUCCUCAACACACUCUUCGCUCAGUGAGCGGGGGUGUGAGGACGAAGAGCUGGUUGUGUGUAUGCGCAUUAGCCAAUAUGAUCAGACCUACUGUUGUUACGCUCACCAUGUCUUAUGACACGCAUGCUAUUGAUUGCUGCAGUAUGCAAAUGACCUUUGCGGGAUUGAUUGAAGU